AUGGCUGGACCUGGUGGUGGCCCUUCAAGGCGCAGUCACACCAAAUCCCGAAAGGGUUGCAAAACCUGCAAGCGGAGGCAUAUUCGCUGUGACGAGACAUUUCCCCAAUGUCGCAACUGCACGAAGCACCAAGUCCGCUGCGACUACAUGGACAGUCCCACUGCCAUGAUGCCGGAAUCUCCACAGUCUCCUCAACAGCCUAACCUGCUCUGGACACCCGAGAUUGAGGCUACUAUCGAACUCUGGAGACAGACGGGAGAAUUCCCCUUCCCAGAGCUUCGAGUCUACCCUCAGCCACAAUGGCGUACCUUGACGACGGUUGAUCUCCGUCUCAUACACCACCUCUCUUCGAUUUCGAACGAAAUGUUCAGGAACAGGACCUCGAAAUCGACUCUCUGGACAGACAUGAUGCCCAAAUUCUUGAGCAUUGCCGCGUCCCAUCCAUUCGUUAUGCAUAGCAUUCUCGCUUUUUCUGCCUCGCAUCUUGCCUGGAUCUCUCAGUCGGCUGAAACACGCAACCUUGCUUUCCACCACGCAAGCCUUGCCCUCAAGGGCCUGCACGACGGCAUCACCAAUUUUACUAAACACAACUCAGACGCAGUACUUGCAUCUUCUCUUCUACUCGCCUGGCAGGCGACAGACUGGCGAGGCUGGGCUUCUCUGGUCACCGGUACAAAAACAGUAAUACAGUCCAUGCAGCCCUGGAGGCACGAAUCUCUUUUUGCAGACUACAUCGCAGAGCACACCCCUAUGCCUGACCGACAUUUCAUGAACCCAAUCAGUACACCAAUAUCGCCAGAAGCACACAGGGAGCACAUCAACACUCUUGUCGAUAUCCACGCCUCUCUACAACGCCUACAACCCUACUUGGUUCACAACGAACAGGAGUCCAAAUGGGUCGAGCAGCUGAAAGGUUACCUUGACCGCCUGAGAUCGUCGGGUCAAGCACAGAGCCCAGAAGAACAGUUCAAUCAGUUGUAUGCCCUACGCAAGUGGCUAUUCUGGGUCCCCAUUUCACUUUUGGCUGCAAAACGCGGAGACAUCAUCGUACUGGUCAUUCUAGCGCACUUCUACGCUACCGCAUUGGCCUUGGAGCCAAUGUUCCCCGACGUUGCCUCUGUCUUUGUUGCAGACCUGUCUGUUCGUCCACUGGAAGAAAUCACUCAGCUUGUUCAGGCAUUCCAAGACCCACGAUACGAUUCGCAUGUACAGACCAUGUCGUACCUGGUACGAUUCCCCAUGGACAUGGCAACAGCAUACAAAGGGAGGCGCGAAUGGGCAAGGCAACAAAGCAUGGCCAUGCCGCCAAUGCAGCAGCAAUCGAGCUAUCCGCUAGAGUCGAUCAACCAGGAUCUGGAGAACCAAAUUGCUCAGUACAGCUACGGUCAGAGCCAGAGCCUCUCCCCCGCUUUUGCACCGUCGCCCCUGACGUUUCUUCCGGCCGGCAUGGCCUCGACGCCCACAUCACCAUAUCUCGAAGUACCUCGGUCGUCGACGACAGCCGUGGAUGCGUACGGGACGGGUAGCAGCUAUGCGUCGUCAAACAGCUACGCGUCUCCGCUCGGGUCACCGGUAGCGCUGCUGCCGCCAUACUCAGCCCCGCAGGAGCAUGCAAUCUCAUUCGGAAUGCCAUCGGGCUAUCCCAGCGGGUUCGUGGCUACACCUAUCUGGACGUGA